GCUGAUGCUGCUGAGCUCUUGUAUCCGAGGACGUGCAGACUCUGAGAAAAAGCAGGAGAGAGGGGGACGACCAUUACGGACAUUAUUAAGGAGACUGGCGAGCGGGUGGUGACGGUGGCGAGGAAAAACUCCCUAAGAUGAUAUGAGGAAGAAACCUUGAGAGGAUCCAGACUCAGAAGGGAACCCAUCCUCAUCUGGGCAAAGAGAACAAUAUCAGAUGGGUAUCGAUAUCGGCUCAUACUUAAGUGAAAAGAGCCGAUUAAACUUCCUUGCUAGCUACGUGAAGAAAGAAAACGAACAGUAUGACCCUGGCAGCAUAUCGAGACAAGCUGAAGGAGCUCCCUCUAGUGUCACUAUUCUGCUCCUGCAUCAAGGAAGACAUUACAGAGAAGCCGACCUACAAAGCUGAAGAUGCAGUGGACCUGAACUGGUGUGAGAUCAAGGACGUUGAAGUGAUCGAGCUGAACAAGCGUGCAUCGGGCCAGGCAUUUGAAGUGAUCUUGAAACCCCCGUCAUUCGAUGGCGUGCCAGAGCUGAAUGCCACCAUGCCACAUCGCAAGGACCCCUCACUGGAGGAGAUCCAGAAGAAGCUGGAGGCUGCUGAGGAGAGACGGAAGUUCCAGGAGGCAGAGUUGUUGAAGCACCUGGCUGAGAAGAGAGAGCACGAGAGGGAGGUCAUCCAGAAGGCCUUUGAGGAGAACAACAACUUCAUCAAGAACGCAAAGGAGAAGCUGGAACAGAAGAUGGAGACCAACAAAGAGAACCGCGAGGCCCUGCUGGCCGCAAUGCUGGAGAGACUUCAGGAAAAGGACAAGCACGCAGAAGAAGUGAGGAAGAAUAAGGAGUUGAAGGAGGAAGCUUGCCGAUAGAGUGGUGGAGGAAAAGCGGACUGUGUUUGGGAUGGUUUUUAAAAAAAAAGUAGGACGAGAGGGAGAUCAGUAAAAGAAGACAUCACUUCUCAUUAAAGUAUUGGAGGCGAAUAGUGGACAUUGCUAAUGGCAAUUUAAAACUCAACAAAGCUUUUUUUUUUCAUGGGGUAUAAAAUGUCAAAAUUAAUAACUGUCUGGACAACAAUGCAAAGUGUGCCGAAUUUCUAGUGUCAAACGUUCAGGUGGCAGAUAUCAGCAACCGUUUAGAAAAUCAAUCCUUUGUACGUACUGAGGUGAUGAUGUAGAAGACAGAAGAGAAACAAGAAAUAGCUAAUAAAUAAUGCAAACGUACAGACGUUGAAACUUACGAUCAGUACUUUGGGGACAAGACAACCAGAUAUUGCACUUCAUAAAUGUCUAUACACAUUGCAAAAAAAAAUAUAAUAAAAAUAAUAAUAAUAAUAAUCUGCUUUUUCUUAAAUGUAUGCCAUCUAGCAAAGCAAAGCGCAAGCUAUGCAUGUUUAUUCACUUACCAUUUAUUUAUUAUAGAGGCACAUGUGAUUUCUCAAUAAAAAACAUUUAUAAAGGAGUUUAUUCACAUUGCCUUUGUUCUCUACGCAGAUUUUUCUCUAAACUAACAUUAUGCAUUUUCAUGAGAUUUGAUGACACAAAAAAAAAAUUAUAAGCUCAUAACUGUUAUCCUCUUCAGAAUGAUAUUCCUUAAUAAAUGUUUAAGCACAAUUCAAAGGCAUAUAUAAGCUAAAGGACUUUUGUUUGUAUCAUGCUCAAAUGAUAGCUAAGAAAAGAGAUAUCAAGAGAGCAGAGCAGGGACACAAGAUGGGGAAAGAGGGAGACAGAAAGGCAGAGAGAGAGAAUUAAGAAACACUUAGAUGCUGUACUUAUAUUUUAAUGAAGUGGCAAUCAGAGAAGGUGCUUUAGCAUUAGUUGUGAAUGCUGUGAUUUGUUUGGGAACGUCUAUGUGUUUUUCUUUGUGUUGUCAUGCCACCUGUUAAUGGCAGUUAGGCCGAAGACAAAAUGACAAUAUUGAUGUGAAUUGUUGAGGAAAACCCAUUUGCUCUUUUUGUGGUUGUCAUAAAGAUCGUAUUUCUGAUUUGGCAUGACAGUCAGUAAAACAUAUCUUUACUAAAUGA